AUGAUCUAAACCCUUCAGCUGAACAUUUUGAAACUUAUAGAAAUAGUUGGACUGCACAGAUUAACCGAGGAGGACUCUUUAUUGUCAACUCCUCUGUAUACUCCUUCUUCAGACAAAUAGAACUUAUAGUAAGAAAAUCACUGAAUGUCUCCAACGUUGUCCGUUUGAAUAGUUCAAACAUAGACCAACAUAUCUUAGAGGAACUUUCAGUUGAUGAAAAUGUACAACAGGCAUGGGGUGAAAUAACUGAACAUAUUUUUGAUGACAGUUUGAAUACGUUGUUGAUGAAGAAGGUCUUGUCUAAGUUUGUUACUCUUAGAGCAAAGUCAUUUGUAAAAUUUUGGAAGAACAAGUUAGAAGACAUUGACCGACAGGGCACACAUAGUUUGAGAGCUUCACUCAGUGCAAGUAGAAAGUCAAAGAAAAUGUAAAUUUCAAGUGAGAAUCAAAUAAAGCAAGCGAGUUUCUGAUGUGCCUAUGUGGUCCAAAAAUUAUCAUGACAUAUAUCAGUAUAUUGAACCAUUUUCCAGGUAUAGGCUUGGUCAGUGUCUGUGAGCUGAGAAUUAUAUUAUGACAUGUUCAAUGGGUAGAGUAGACCCACUUGUGACUUGUAACUCACUUCUUGACUGCUUGUAAAUAGUUCCAUAAUAAUUUUAAUUAGAAAGGACCAGGUAUAGU